AUGCCUCAUGCAGAGCGCACGCGCCUGACACAAGGGCACCGCCAUCAUGUACGUUCUGCACGCUACACACGGGCACCGCGUGCCUGCGAUACUCACCGCACGUGUCAUGCCUCAUGCAGAGCGCACGCGCCGGACACAAGGGCACCGCCAUCAUGUACGUUCUGCACGCUACACACGGGCACCGCGCGCCCGCGAUACUCACCGCACGUGUCAUGCCUCAUGCAGAGCGCACGCGCCGGACACACGGGCACCGCCAUCAUGGUUCCGCUAAAGCAACACGAAGCUACGAACGCUCGCGAUGCUUUAGCGAAGGCGAUAUACAGCCGCCUAUUCGACUACAUCGUGCACAGGAUCAACUCCAGUAUCCCCUCCCAGGCAUCUGCCUACUACAUCGGCGUGCUUGACAUCGCCGGAUUUGAGUACUUCCAAAUGAACAGCUUCGAGCAGUUCUGCAUUAACUACUGCAACGAGAAGCUGCAGCAGUUCUUCAACGAGCGCAUUCUCAAGAACGAACAGGAUCUGUACCGGCGCGAGGGACUCAACGUGCCAGAGAUCAGAUUCGUUGACAACCAGGACUGCAUAGAUUUAAUUGAGAGCAAGAAUCACGGCAUCUUCCACAUUCUCGACGAGGAAUCAAAAUUACCUAAACCUGAUUUUAGCCACUUCACGCAUUCCGUACACAAACAACUCGGUGGAAACAAUUCAAGUUCUCGACUGCAAGUCCCGCGGGCUUCUCGUCUCAAGGCGCACAGAUCUCUCAGAGACGAUGAAGGUUUCCUAUUAAGGCAUUUUGCUGGUGCAGUCUGUUACAAUACUAACCAGUUCAUAGAAAAGAACAAUGACGCCUUACACGCGUCACUGGAAUUUCUAGUCCAAGAGUCCAGCAAUCCACUGGUGCAGCAACUGUUCCAAAACACGGACAACAAUAAUGCCAAAGGGAAACUGAACUUUAUAUCCGUUGGGGCAAAGUUCCAAGCUCAAUUAUCCCAACUUAUGGACAAACUUAAGGAAAAUGGCACGAACUUCGUGCGGUGCGUGAAGCCGAACAGCCGAAUGGUGGGGCGCGCGGUGGAGGGCGCGCUGGUGCUGGCGCAGCUGCAGUGCUCGGGCACGGCGUCCGUGCUGGAGCUCAUGCAGCACGGCUUCCCCUCGCGCGCGCCCUUCCGCGACCUGCACGCGCUCUACGCCGCGCACCUGCCGCCGCCGCUGCGUAAACUCGCGCCCAGCGUGCUCUGCGAGGCGAUAAUUCAUAGCCUCGGUCUAUCAGACAAGGACUACAAAUUCGGGCUGACGCGAGUCUUCUUCCGGCCGGGGAAGUACUCGGAGUUCGACACCAUCAUGCGAUCCGACCCUGAGAACCUGAAGGCCAUAGUGCACUCGGUCCUGGCCUGGUUGGUUAAGUCCAGAUGGAGACGCUCAAUAUUUGCCGUGUUGUCCAUCAUAAAACUGAAGAACAAAAUCCUGUACCGCCGCGAAUGUCUCAUUCUCUUACAAAAGACCAUACGUGGAUAUCUGGUCCGUCGUCAACACCAACCGAGAUACAGAGGCAUUGUUAAGAUCAAAACAUUGGAGGAGAAGAUGAAGGAGAUGGAUUCAGUUACGGCUCAACUGAAGAAAGAGAAAGAAGCAGCCAAAAAGAAUAUAGAAAAUCUGAGAAAUUCUAUGAGAAAUGCUUGCGAGUUGAUUAAGAGCAAUGAGAAGAUCACUCGCGCAGAAAUAGAUCAAUUAUUUACUAAGCUCACCAAGGAAGCGGAGAUGCAAAUGGUCGCUUUGCAGAACGCUAUGACCGAUCAGAAGAAUAGGGAGGAGCAGGAGCGCGUGCGGCGCGUGCAGGAGGCGCUGCGCGCGGCCGAGGCGGCCAAGCGUGCCGAGCUGCAGCGCCAGCAGCAGGAUGAACAAAACCGCCGCCUGUGA